AUGGCUCUCUCUUGGCUUCCCACAAUAAUUUUUCUGCUAAUUUUCCUUUUCCCAGCAUUGGUUGAGUCUGCUAUUCGUCAUUAUAAUUUCACAGUGGUGUUGAAGAACACAACAAAGCUUUGUUCAAGUAAGUCCAUAGUCACCAUCAAUGGAAAGUUUCCAGGUCCAACUCUUUAUGCAAGGGAAGACGAUAAUGUGAAUGUCAGGGUCAUCAACAAAGUCCAAUACAAUGUCACCAUUCACUGGCAUGGGAUGAGGCAAAUGCGAACGGGCUGGUCUGAUGGGCCAGCAUAUAUUACACAGUGCCCAAUACAGCCUGGGCAAAGUUUUCUCUACAAUUUCAUACUUACAGGGCAGAGAGGCACUCUUCUUUGGCAUGCACAUAUUUCUUGGCUAAGGGCGACCAUACAUGGUGCCAUUGUCAUCUGGCCUAAGAAAGGUGUUCCUUACCCAUUCCCAAAACCUUACAAGGAAAAACUGAUCAUAUUAGGUGAAUGGUGGAAAGCAGAUACUGAAGCUGUGAUCAAUCAGUCUAUGCAAACUGGUUUGCCACCCAAUAUAUCAGAUUCUUACACUAUUAAUGGCUAUCCAGGACCAGUUCCUGGUUGUACGUCUCAGGGGUACACCUUACAUGUUGAAGCUGGCAAGACCUACCUGAUACGCCUUGUGAAUGCAGCAGUGAACGAUGAGCUAUUUUUAAAAAUUGCAGGCCAUAAUCUCACUAUUGUUGAAGUUGAUGCCUCUUACACCAAACCCUUCACCACAGAUACAAUAUUCAUAGGUCCAGGCCAGACCACAAAUGCCCUUCUAACCACAGAUCUUCAAACCACUGGCAAAUACUUAAUAGCUGUUUCUCCUUUCAUGGACACCAUUGUAGCUGUUGAUAACCUUACAGCAAUCGCUUUCUUGCGAUACGAGGAUACCUUGGCAUUUCCCCCACCUGUCCUGACUACUACUCCUGCAAUAAACGCAACAUCAGAAACAUCAAAAUUUAUGGACAAUCUUCGAAGCCUGAACUCGAAGAAGUACCCUGCCAAGGUCCCAUUAACAGUAGAUCAUUCCCUGUACUUAACCAUUGGAGUUGGAAUUAACUCUUGGCCAACCUGUGUUAAUGGGAGUAAAGCUGUGGGAGAUAUUAACAAUGUAAGCUUUGUGAUGCCAAGCACUGCUUUACUCCAAGCACAUUACUACAAUAUUAGUGGGAUUUUUACAAAUGAUUUUCCAGGGAAUCUACCAGUUCCUUUUAACUAUACUGGUAAUUUUACUGGUGGGAUUUCAACUUCGAAUGGAACUAGACUUUAUAGGUUGGCUUUUAAUUCUACAGUUCAGGUUGUAUUACAAGGCACUGGAAUAAUAGCACCUGAGAGCCAUCCAAUUCAUUUGCAUGGGUUUAAUUUCUUUGCUAUUGCCAAGGGACUAGGGAAUUUUGACCCAAAGAACGAUCCAAAGAAAUUUAAUCUGGUCGAUCCUGUAGAAAGGAAUACUAUCAGUGUUCCGACUGGGGGAUGGACUGCAAUUAGAUUCAGGGCAGACAACCCAGGUGUUUGGUUUCUACAUUGCCAUUUGGAAGUACACACGUCCUGGGGAUUGAAGAUGGCAUUUGUGGUGGAUAAUGGUAAAAGUCCAGAUGAGUCACUCCUCCCACCUCCGAGUGACCUUCCAAAGUGCUAGAUGUCCAUCUAAAACUGCAUCGAGACCAAAGCAUAAGGUUAGGGAUAUCGAUAGGGAUAGUUGAUGAUGAAAUUCAGUUGAAAAAUGAAAAAGCUAA